ACAUAAGGAAUGAAUAUGAUAUAAUCCAAAAUUGAAGUGGCAAAAUAUAAUUUGAAGCAAGUAAUUUAAUCCAUGUUAAAUUGCCGGCAAGUAAUUUAAUCAAUGUUAAAACAAUGUCCCCCCGGGGACAUCCGAUGAUCCGAUAAAAUCAAUGUUAAUAAAAUAAAUAAAUUAUUGCUUGAUAAAUACCCACUACGGUUGUCCAGACAGAACAAGCAAUAAAGCUUUUCUCUAAGACCUAGAUCUUUUUCCUUGCGUUGUACUGUGGAAAAAUAUUGAAGGACAUGGCGGCCACAAUAAACGCAGUUGGAGAUGAACUUGGAAUUAGGUGUACUGCAAUGGGGGAUAAUUACGGUGACCGCAGAAGUGAGCUGAAAGCAUUUGAUGAUACAAAAGCCGGCGUCAAGGGACUGCUCGAUGCAGGCUGCACGAAAAUUCCCCGUAUUUUCUACUGUCCAUCACGGCAUGAUCAUGAGACGGAGGCCGCUGGGGAGAAAGCCAUGCUCAGUAUUCCAGUCAUUGAUCUCCAAGGCAUACACCAAAACGAUCCCGCUUCGCGUCCUCGAGUCAUCGACGAAGUCAGAGUUGCGAGUGAGAAAUGGGGUUUCUUUCAGGUUGUAAAUCAUGGGAUUCCUGUUGAAGUUUUGAAUCGAAUGAUUGAUGGAGUGCGUGAGUUCCAUGAGCUGGAUAUUGAGCUUAAGAAAGAGUUUUAUUCAAGGGACUUUGCGAGGAAGGUGUUUUUUAUGUCCAAUCGUGAUAUGUACCAUUCUCUGGAAGCUAACUGGAAGGAUACACUUGUGUGUUAUGUGGCUCCGGAUCCACCCAAACCAGAAGAAUUACCCUCAGUGUGCAGAGAAAUUGUGAAUGAUUACUCAAAGCAAGUGAUGGAUUUGGGAUUUAUUUUGUUUGAGUUACUAUCCGAGGCUCUUGGGCUCAACUCAAACCAUCUUAAAAACAUGGAUUGCGCUGAGGGGCUUAUUCAACUGUGUCACUACUACCCAGCAUGCCCUGAACCAGACUUGACGUUGGGCACUGGCAAGCAUACUGAUGGCACCUUCAUCACCAUACUUUUACAAGACCAAACUGGUGGCCUCCAAGUUUUAUAUGAUAAUCGAUGGGUUAAUGUUCCUCCCAAGGAAGGUGCUCUAAUUGUCAACAUUGGGGACUUUCUGCAGCUCAUGGCAAACAACAAGUAUAUGAGCGUCCCCCACAGAGUAAUAUCCAAGAGCGUAGGCCCAAGAAUUUCGGUGGCAAGCUUUUUUCGACCAUAUGUUGUCGCAGGGAAAUCAAAAGCUUACGCACCAAUCAAGGAAUUGGUAACAGAAGAAAAUCCCCAAUUCUACCGGGAACUCGAAUUGAAAGAGUAUAUGAUGCACCACGCCUCAGAAAAAGCAAAGGGGACAUGUCAGCCUUUACUACAUUUCAAGAUAUGAAUGUUGGUGUAAACAUUAUGACUUUUUUAAACAUUUAUUCUGAAAUGUGAAACGUGUCCGUCCGACCUUUUAAUUUCCCAUAUCGCAUUUUCAGGUUUCUUGUA